CGAGGACAGGCGGCGCGCUAGGCGGCGGCCGUGCUCUCGCGGUCCACAUCAGGGCUGUACUUGCCACCCAGAGAUCCACCCAGAGAUAGAGAGAGGGAAGGCGAGCGCAGAGAGCGACGAACGGGCCAUAUAGCGAGACGAAUUGGUUGCCGCAGGACAUGUCAUCACAUACUCCGAUCGCCGGGGUGAAGGAUGGGCUCAAUGGCGUGCUGGCACAUCACUAUCUUAGCACGUUUGUCAUCCCUGUCACCAACGUCAACAUAAUUGGGCGUCCCAUAGCAACGUCAGGGGUAAGGAUCAUAACGGAGUCCAUGAAGCAAGCCCGCGGAUUCUUGCAGCAGCACGCCAUCUUGGCUAUGGUUGAAGCAUCGAAUGUACCCGCCGGAGGGCUGAGUGCGGCGGCAGCCGCGAAGCUCCAACUACGGAUUCUGGACGGCGCCACAGGACGCACUGUGCUCUGCAGCUGUACGGCGGAGAGUUCACCAUCCCCUGUCGCAUCUAUACCGAUUUCAAUCCGCUGGAGGAGGCCGUCGUCGCCUCAGGCUCUGGUCCCCCGUGGCGUGUUCGACGAUGUUUUCUUCAUGAACCAGCUCCUCGAUGGCUUCAGGAAGAUGCAGGGUUCGCUUUUCCCAUCUGCUAAGAUGAUCCAAGACGCCUACGUAAAGGCUCUGGUCCCCCGUGGCGUGUUCGACGAUGUUUUCUUCAUGAACCAGCUCCUCGAUGGCUUCAGGAAGAUGCAGGGUUCGCUUUUCCCAUCUGCUAAGAUGAUCCAAGACGCCUACGUAAAGGGGGGUCUCUCUCCACCUAGCCAAUCAACCGUCCGCCGCCAUAAGGCUGCAGUUAUUUGUCUGACGACGGAAGCAUUCCAGGCGCUGCAGCGGAUCCAAGAGAGAUCUCACGAAGACCCCUCCAUCCACAUGGCGUCCCUUACGUGGACCACUCUCAGCCACAGCGCGUUUGGUGAAGCCGGUCAGACCAGUGGUGCGAUUCAAGCUCUUAUGCUCGAGGACAUGGUUAGGUUCCGCUCCUCAUUCGACAACUCGAAGGCGCUAACGGGCGAUGAUCUACCUGACGUCGCCAAACUCGCUCACGAUGCACAUGACUUCAUGGAACGGACUGAGGCGGCAUUCGGCGCUCGUAGCGAGUGGUCCCCCGAGCUCGCAGUGAGAGUGAUAACGCUGGUAGAAAAGUACGCCUACGUCCAGUCAGGCGCUCUCGAGACAAUUGUCCGCCCAUGGAUGAAAAAGCGGGAUGACGAGGCGAACGAACUCAGCAGCAAAUUGCCCGGCGACCGACGUUUGUCCGACGACCACUUCCACGUCAUCUCCGCCGCGAAACCCCUCGGCCGCAUCCACAAGGGCAUGCGCGUGGUUAUCGAGGAGAACAUGCUGACUCUGGUGUACUCCUCUACUGGAGCAGGACGCCCUGCGUCCGCCGCCAACGGUCAUCUGAAGUUUAGCCAGGACGCGGUCAUGCUCGUACAUCUGACCUCUUUUUCAUCCAGCAACUCGCCGACGGAUGGUUUCACUGUGAACGAGAAAGUGACGACGGACGACCUGUACGGGAACAGUACGGCGGCCAGUGUAACAUCCCAGUGUUCGUUGAUCCUCACCGACAUCCAACACCCCGGGAAAGGCGUGGACUCGCCAACCAAGGCUUUGAUGUUCCUCGUGAACAGGUGA